GCAAGUUAACCCACCUACCAGUUGUAAACAAAAACAACCCACCCACCCAACCCCAUGGAUCAUCCUUCACACAAUCACAACCACCACCAAUGCCUGGAAGUAUCACCACACUGUCCUCAGCAUGGCCGCUACCCUCAUCACCACCUACAGUUAUCCCCUAAUUGCCCCCUCCACGGACACUUAUUACCUCCCUGCCCCUCUCAUUUUCACCCAAUUCCUCUUCCACAUAACCCUAAUGUUAACCCCCCCAUACCACCACCUGAAGCUGAUGCAGAUUCCAAAUCCCAAGUGCUGAUGAUGCAAGAUGGAAAUGAACAAUAUGAAGAUGAAGAAGAUGAGUUUAUCUAUGUUUUGACUGAUGAAUGGAAGGACUUCUUUGCAAAAUCUGAAGCUAAACGGAAAUUAGCAAAGAAGCAAGCUAAAAAGAAGGGUAAAGAUUAGGAGAUGUGUAUUCUUGCUUCAGGCUAAUGCAAUUGAAUGCAGUGGGCAUAUCAUAAUUAAGUCCAUCUUGUAGCUGUCGUUGAUAAGCUCCCUAAAUGAUUCAAUACAACAUACCAGUUUUGGACAUCUGCGUUACAAAAGUAUGAAAAUGGGGUACCCAUGGUUUUAAAAAACGCUUGAGGCGUGCGCCUCGAGGCGAAACGGCCAAAAAUCGAGUCUGAGGCGCGCCUCAUGUGAUUUUUAUUGUAUAUGCGUCUCAAAGGGGCUGAGGCGCAGCUGCGCCUCAGAUGAUUUUGAUAGUUGUUUUUUAUGUU